AUGCCUGGUUCCGGAAACUGUGCCUGCGGCAAUAUCGCCUUUACAUACACCGCCCUAUGCCACUGUGCCGGAUGUCAACAGUGGAGUGGGAGCGCAUUCUCAUCCAAUGUCGCCGUCCCAACCACCAACUUUGCGGUCAGCAAAGGAACGCCCAAAAGUUGGGCUAGACUUGCAGAUGUAUCCGGAAAGGAGCAUCGCCAUUUUUUCUGUGGAGACUGCGGAUCAAGCCUCUACUCCCAGCCGGAGGGCAUGCCGGGUGUCACCCAGAUCAAGUCGGGAAAUCUUCACGAUACUGCAAUUCCUAUCGGAGUGGAGAUUUUUGCUACGCGUCGGCUUGGCUAUGUUACGCCUAUCGUGAGUGCAAACCAGGCGCCGGAGAUGCCUUGA